AUGGGACGAGGUGGAGGAGCUCGAGAUAUCAGUCUCCCAGUUUGUUCUACAAAAGAAGAGAUACUUAAAGAAAUGAUAUCUAUCUUCUUUACAAAUGGAAGUAGUGUUUUUGGAGAUGCUUGUGCUAUGAAAUUCGAGUUAGGAAACUUCAAAUGCGAGGAAAUAAAAGAUGAGGGCUUUACUUUAGCGAGAUACAUUACACAGCACAAGUUGUCCAAAGCAAGAAUAUAUUUAUUGUCCAAAUUGGAGGAAGGAAAUGAAAGAGUUUCCCUAAGCAACAGUGAGGAUGAAUUACCAUCUGCUUUUGAAUUGCCACCUGCUUUUGACAGUCCAGAUCAUGAAUGCCAAUCCAGCGCCAUUCUUCUUGGGUCAUCGCUAGAAAGAAGCAGACUGCGGGAACAGCAAGAUGCCGAAUUCAGGGAAUCUUUAUUUCGAGACCAGCAAACUGAGAUUGAAAAAGAACAGGAAAUGGAACAAUUCAGAGAUCAACUAAACAAACAAGAAAAUCUGUACAAAGCUCGGUGUGAAAGGGUUCCACAAGAACCGAACUUGGAUGAUCCACAUGCAAAUAUGUCGGUUAGGCAUGUUAUUCUAGGAGUUAAAUCACGCAAGUUUCCGCUGUCAUGCCAAGUUUCUUCUCGAUCCCACGUCACCAAUUGA